GCAAACAUGUACUACAUAUUCUAUCCCACUACCCUCACUCCACAAACACAUUAUAGUGAGAGAGAAACUCCAAAACAAACUUUCAUCCAACUCUCUUUUAAUCCAUGGGGACGACUGAUUCGAUUUACCGCCGGCCGGCGUCUCAAUUUUACAGCUGUAUGUCGCCAUCGUGUAUUCCGGUGCACGACGAAUACUCGCGCAUAAAUGAGUGUCGCCGGCGAGAUAGCAGCUGCCGGAGAACGUGGAGAAGAUUGUUGAAGAAAUUGGUGAAUGAAGGGAAGAAUGUGUACGGAAAGAAGACUUUAACAUUUCAUUAUGAUGCAGUUAGUUACUCGCAGAACUUCGAUGAAGGAUGUAAAACUGAUGAUUAUCCUCCUCCACGUCAUCAUCAAGUUUACAGAAUUAAUGUACAGAAAUAAAUGCAGUUUCUUUUUUUUUUUUAAACUCAAGUGAGCAUAAAAUUAAUUAGUAUGUGUAUAGUAUCCUUCAACAAUAUAAUGCAAGCUUUGGCUGAAUCUACAUCUUCUUUUCCUUUUCGAGUUUCUGUCAGAGUGGAUAAAAGUAUCACAUUUAUUAGAAAUGGACGGCGAUUUUCUUA